GAUGCUGACCGCUGGCUGCUUUAAGAGUGAAAUCUUUGGACUUGGUCUCUCAUGACAGAUGUGUCCAAACUGAGUGACGUGUGUGCAGUGAUCCAGAGCGAGGGAGAUGACAGCUGAGUGGGCUGACAUGGCCACCCCAGACAAUCUGCUGUUCCUGGACACAGAUGCUGUCAACUCUUCCUUUGCUUCACCGCCCAUAGAGGAAAAUGAGCCCACUCGUGCCACAGACAACCAGACAGACGACAGCUUUAGUUCAGUCCCUGAUCAACACCCUGAUCCAGACUCAGGAAACUCAGGAUUAAUGCCAGUUCCGUGCCAGGAUGGGACCAUUGAGAUUCAUAAUACAAACAUUGAAAGGGAAAAUGAGAGUGGUUUAGUCUUAACACAGCCCCUGGAUCACACUGCAGUGAUAGAAAUGAAUAAAAGUGAUAACUGUGACUUCAGUACUGCUGCUAUAAUGGAGACUGACAGUAUCACAAACAGUACUAACAUCCCUAACCUAAUUCACCUAUUGGACAGAAAUCAAAAUGACAAACAUGGUAACUCAAACACUAAAGCGGAUCCAAAUGAGGCUCAUGGCACUUUAAUGAGUCCAUUAUUAACAGAACACAACAGACAAGAAGAAAUGAGCCAAGACACCAUUUUAAACCAAUAUGCCUCUUUUGAGAGCAUUGGACUUGAUGUUAACCCAAUGGCUAAUGAUGAUGGUCCCUUGGUAAAUACUGUCUCUAAUGUAAUGAAUGGUGCAAGCAAUGAGACCGAUGCAACUUCUUCUGAAACCCUCAUCCAGACUUGCCAGGAUACAUCUGAAGGUGUUGAUGUAGCAGUGGAAGUGGCGACUGCCUAUAAAACUCGUCCAGAAAUUAAUGACAUUGCAGAGGACUUGACAUGUGGACCACUGGCAACUGAGAAAACAGACAAUUCUGAGUCACUUUUCCACCAAUCCAUGCUUAAAACCUCACAAAUUGGUGAAAAACACGAGAAGGAUCUCUCACAAGUGAUCCCUUGCCCAACAUCUGUCACAAAUAGAGAUUUAGGUAAAUGUUCUGAGGAGAUUGAUGGUGCUUGCUCAAAGUUCACAAGAAUGGAACAUGAUGUUGAGGCUAGUAGCGAGUUGUGGCUGGACGCUCGCCAGUUCUUGGCAGGUGAAGAGGAUGAGGGUGCUAUUUUUGACAAGUGGGGUUGUUCGUGUUCUCCCAGCCCCACCACGGCCCAUCCAGACAAAACAAAAGCCUUGGAUCACUCCAGGAGAGAGAACAUUUCAAUUGACCACCACACUGAAGACUGGGAGCCGGGGUUUCCACCUGUUGAGAGGUGGUCGUCCUCAGACAGCUGGGCUAGUGCACUUUCAGACUGGUUCCAGGCAGUUAACACCCAUUCAGAAGACUCUUUUACCAGCGCUAACACUUCAAGCACUGGUCCUAAGCACGGUAUGGCAAUCCAAGAAAACAUUUUGGAGCAAAGAACAAGUCCUGAUAAUGCAAACAUCACUGGACAGACAUGCCUGAACCUCUUAGAACCAGAAGAACCAGGUCAAGCCUUGAGUAGAGGACUAGUCGAGUCUGAUAACACUAAUGGAACUCUUUUUAACCAAGCUGAUAAAGAUGGACUUCCUUCUCAUUCAGACUCAGACAGACAGAACAAUACAACGAUGGAGAACAACAUGAGUUUGUUGGAGAGGUCUGAAUCCUGUAAACCAGAUGCAGCCAUGCAUAUGCUUAAUGCAUCAAAAUCUCCUGCAAACGAGGCCAGUGCCAAACUUUAUGGAACUCGACAAAUCCCUGGAGAGCUUUGGAGUACAAAGUUGGAAGGAAAUGCGCUGGUGGAGGUGACCGGAGACGAAGUUCCCCAACUCGGGUUGGUCUUUGAGGAGGAAAGUCAAAGCAGUUUUACUUCUCAAAGGAUCUCAGUGUGCACCAGCGACAAGAAUUUAUUAACUGACUGUGUGAGCGGCGAGGAGUGGCGUCACGGCACCAAUGUUGCUCUCCACACAUGUCCCUCUCAAUCGAACAGUCACGUGUCUUCUGAGACGGGACGUGCUGAAGGAAAUGAAACUUUUGUGCAUUUUAACACUGAGGAGUGCACUGUGAAGCCAAAAGAGGAGGAAAGAAAUACAUUUCCACAGUUUAUUAUGCCGUUUGCUCCACUCAAUACUGGAAGUAUUUUCCUCCAUAGUAGUUUAUUGAAAAGUCCACAGGAUGAUCUAGAUCUUCCACCUAAAGGGAUUAUUAAUGAGAUACACAUUAAGAGUGAUCAAAAAUCAGUCAGUAGUGACAAUUCGUCUGAAGAUCGCUUUCAUACAUGCCCUGACCACUCUUUAUCUUCAUCUUCAGAUGAACCUUCCAUCAAGGACACUAAAAGAAAAGCCGAGUACAGUGAUACCUGUGAUAUCAGCAAAGAGCUUUCUAAGUUAAUUUUACUCACAGGACAGCGUUUUAUGGUGUCUGAAGACAAACUUGUUGCAUAUGUCACUCUAGACUUGGAAGAACCCAGUUUAAAUAAUUUCUCAUUGUCAAACUACGAGGAACGACCCAAAACAGACAAUAUGCCUCACAAGACUUCCAAAACAUCCUCAGAUGGUAAAACACGCUCUAAACAUAAGGAGAACCCAGCUGAGAAGCAGCAACACGGGAUUCAAACAUCAAAAAAGCAAGAUCUUCAGCCCCCAUCCCAGAUGAAAGAGGAAUUCAAUUCAGAAGGAGAUGGUUGUGAAGAUCGUCCAGCUACUGUCAUUGAAACCAUCGUCAUCACAGAAAAGAUCGCUCCUAAAACCCAAGGGAAGAAGAAAAAGAAGCAUGCCCAACACGGGACACCAAAACCCGAAAAUGAUCCACCGAGUGACAUAGGGAGCAGAAGCACUCAGAAGAGCAUGAGUGGCAAGACCGAGAACCUUGUCCUGAAGGUAGCAUCAAAUGGUCUGGAUAAACCAGCAUCUUAUCUUCCCGCUAAAAUGGACGUUACUAACAAAGAUAGCACUCAGAAAGUGAUUUCAGUGAGACCCAAAGUAGACCCCUACUUUGGCAGCGUAAAUGCCACUCAGAAAGCCACCCCUAUAAAACUCAAAGUAGAUGCCAGUAACACAGCCAAGAUGGAAAAUAAGACGUGCACCUCUGAUUCUCCGAGCAUGUGUUUACCCAGCAUGCUGAAUGAUGACAUCAAGCGCAGGCGAAUCGCAAAUGACCCGUCUGGAGCAGUUCCGAUAAGGACGAGGCCACAGCUGCCCGCUAUUUUCCGCCAAGCAAGAAAAGAUGGAGAAGAUACGACCUGGAGAUCUUACAGUGAGGUUGUCAAGCAGAAGACUCCAAUACCCAAAGAAGUGGUUCCUAUAGUCUCAGAGAUCCAGGCUGACCCAGUCCCUGCUGACCCCCAGAACAUCUUGCUUUGGUGCAAGUUCAGUCCUGUCCCACCUGAUGCCACCAUUAAGUGGACUAAAGAGGGAACAGUGCUGGCAGAGAUAAACAAAGUAGAGAAGGAUGACGGCCGCUUCACUUUGACAAUCCUAAAGGCUUGCAGUAAAGAUCUAGGGCUGUACAAAUGCAGCCUGAAUGCUGCCAACAUUUCUGUUUCGACCUCAGAGUACCAUCUCACAUCUGAGGUGCUUAUGGAGCUAGUCAUUCCGAGUCAUGAUCAGCCAGCUGAGCCCAGGGUUGUGGACGGUGAUGAGGAGAACAUCCAGUGCAGCCCGCUUCUCUUUAAGGAAGAUUUCCUCUCAGAUCAGUACUUUGGAGAGAAUCAACCAGCGAGCAUCGUGACUGAAAAGGUCCACUUCGGUGAAGGCAUGCAUCGCAAGGCUUUCAGGACCACUCUUAGAGAAGGCAAUCUGCCGAGCUUCAACCCCGGCCGUCCCUGCGUCCUGAAAGUACACAACGCCAUCAGCUAUGGGACCAAAAAUAAUGAGGAACUUGUCCAGAAGAACUACAGCCUGGCUGUGGAGGAAUGUCAUGUGCAGAAUACCGCCAGGGAAUAUAUUAAAGCGUACAAUAGUGUGGCCAAGUCUGCAGAAUCAUUUGGAGAGGUGCCAGAAAUCAUCCCUAUUUAUUUGGUGCACCGGCCGUCUAACAACGUCCCUUACGCCACGCUGGAGGAGGAGCUGCUGGGAGAUUUCGUGAAGUACUCUGUGAAGGACGGGAAGGAGAUCAACCUGAUGCGCAGAGACUCUGAGGCGGGACAGAAGUGCUGUGCCUUCCAGCACUGGGUCUAUACACAGACCGACGGCAACCUGCUGGUCACCGAUAUGCAGGGUGUGGGUAUGAAACUGACAGAUGUUGGGAUUGCCACCUGUAAAAAAGGCUAUAAGGGGUUCAGAGGAAACUGUGCUACGUCCUUCAUUGAUCAGUUCAAGGCUCUUCAUCAGUGUAACAGAUACUGUGAGCUUCUGGGCCUGACGUCUCUUCAGCCCAAGCCAAAACGGACCGUCGGCCCGCCAAAGCCAAAAACACAACCCGCUCGGCCCCGUUCUGAACGGCAAAUCCUGAUCGCACAGAAACUCUGAAUGUCUGCUUGUAGGAUAACUAGUGUUGGCCGUUAUCUUGCUUAGGGACAAACGUGUUUCUGAGAUGUUUCUUUAAAUGUAAGAUGACAUUCAUCUGUAAGGACAGUAGGGAG